AUGUCAACCGAUGAAUUUCUUACGGACGACUACGUCGCUGGCCUACUAAGCCAGGAAGCUUCCGACUGUUCGAUUAAAUACUCUGCCAUGGGUGUCGACGCUUUCCUAGUCAAGGACUCUAAGUCCAAGAAAUCUACAAAUAUGCCAAAGCCAAAUACGAGAUUUCUGCGCAACAUCAUUAGAGGUACCGACACCCACAACAAAGCACUUCUAGCCAAGGAGGCCGCGGAGUCGAAGGCUCGCUUAAAGAGAUUGGAGCGUGCCGAGGAGACCAAGCGAAAGAAGUUGAAUCCUACGACAAAGGACUUACGCGAGCGACAUAUGGGAGACAUCCAAGCGAUCUUGGGCGGCGGGAAGCGAAGGGGGCGAGAUGGCGGUGCCGACACGGACAACAACAAGAAAGAGACUGACCGCCGCGAUCGAGCCAAGGCAAAGCGUGGGGCGAGACCACACAAGAACGAAGAUAACUAUAGAGAUGGUGAUCAACGAGGGCCACAUGAGGGUCGCGCCUCUUCGAAUUAUGGAAACGAGAGCUCCGAGCACUAUGGCAGCCGACAACACGGCAGGCGGCGUUCGCAACACAAGGACCGUUCGGCCGAUGAUGAACCUCAACCUCGCCUCCACAAGAGCUCAAGAGAUGGUAGAUCUAGGUCUCCUGGAGGUUACUGUCUAUUCAAAAGAACAAGAAGCCGAGAUGCAGAACGCCGACGCCACCGGCAUCGCUCGUUACCCAGGGAUAGAUCGUCCGUGUCCGCUGAAAAUCAGUCUGCGUUACGAGAUUCAGAAAAUGAGGAGAUUGGACCGGUCCUGCCACCCAAAAUCCGUGGGCGCGGUGCUGUUGGCGUAUCGUCAGGAAUAGACAGACGCUUCUCAGCGUCGUAUGAUCCAAAGACGGAUAUAGAAGGCUUUGACGAUGCCAAUAUAUAG